AUGGCCCCGUCCAAAUCUGCCAAGCGCAGCAUGCAGGAGCAAUACGCCAGCGCAGAGGAUUGGGACGCCCAGCGCGAGACCAUCAGUCGCCUUUACCUGCAUGAGAAGCGUUCCUUACAGGAGGUCAUGGAGUACAUGGCCCAGAAUCACGCGUUCUUUGCGACAGUGAAGAUGUACAGAACUCGGAUUAGGAAAUGGGGCAUUGACAAGAACAAUAAGGCUGCCGAGGUGGCCUACAUGCUUAAGCUUAAGAAGCAACGUGACGCACAGGGCAAAGCUUCCAACUUUUUCAUUCGGGGCCGGCCCGUUGACUGGGAGGAUAUCGAACGGUACCUCGCCCGUACCCCCGACUUUUGGGCAAAACACGGCACUCAACCCCUCGAUGGACACAGCAAGCUAGCCAAAGAUAUCACUUGCACAACACCGCCACCAGAAUCUCCAAAGCUGCUCCCGGCAUCCACUAACCUGGCAGUACUCCCAAACCUCAACGCCGCCCGAGAACUUCACGUUCACGAAGAAAUUCUCCGCUUCUUCCGCGUCUACACGGAAGGGUCCUUUGAACAAGGACAUUGGCGCCUCUUCUCCGAGCACAACCGCUACUUUGGACCCGGCGGCGUCGAAGCCAAUGCUCGACUGAACACCUGGUAUGACAAGGUGCGCAAUGUUUCUGACUGGCCCGGCCGAAAUGCCGAGGCCGUCCAGUUGAUCAACUACCUCCUGGACGACCUGCCACAGUUCAUCAAAGACCAAGACUUUUCCAUCUUCCCAGCUCUGAUGAAGUGCUGCUACUACCUAUCCCAUUCCCGCGAAGAGCUGGGGCGAGCGGUGGUGCACUUCGUCGCGCGGCUUUGUGUCAUCAUUCUCGGAGAGAAACAUCCAAUGGCCAUGGCCUGGGCACGAAUCAAAUCCCUUCCGAAAUCAGAAUACCUCCGCGUAUUACAAGGAACGGCCAAGAUCCGCCUUGACCAACUCGAAGCCCUCCAAGCCCAAGGACGCGAAGACGAAAACACCAUGGCCGCCACCCGCGAAUAUCUCCUCGUACUCCGCCUCAGGGGCAAAGACGAAGCGGCCGAACUCGAACGCGUCACAGAGCAAGCAAAAGAACAAGUCUCCAAAUCCCCCGACAAACUGCUCACCCCAGCACAAUACCGCCUCCUCCUCGGCACAGCCAGCUCCUACAUCGCCCGCCAGCGCUUCGCCGAAGCCUCCGAGAUCCUCGACCGCGUCGGCGCCGCCCUACCCACGGCCGCAGCACAAGACUCUCGCUCCCAGCGCGUCGUGCCAACCUACCUGUUCCUCAUGGGCUUCCUGCGGUACGUCACCCAGCGCAUGGACGAGGCGAGCAAUUAUUUCCUGCAGACGUACUACACGCUGGAGCGGGUGCGUGGGCCGAACAGCUCGGCGGUGGCGGAUAUCAUGCUGGCGAUGAUUGAUUUCCCGGGCUUGUUGCAGAAGCCGGAGGAUAUUGCGCUGUGGCAUCAACGGUUCUCGAAUGUGCAGGCGCAGAUGCUGGUGCAGGCGCGGAAGCGGGUACGGCACACGGCGUCGGAGUUGAGUGAGGUGUGGGAUGGGCCGAUUGAUACCGAUGUGAAUACGGGUAUGUGGUGA